AUGCCACAUAGAUUGACUGUAUCGCGAUUGCCAUCAAUCUUAGCUGCGUUGCAAACAGUGCUUGGAAUGCGGGCAGGUACGCUCGGGUGCGCUGCACUGAACUGGGCUUUACAUAAGUGUCAUUGCGCCACAUUAGAGGCUCAAUGGCACACGAAUAGAGUGCCUCGAUUACCACAAUUGCAAUUACGACUUGUUAUAUGGUAA